AUGACAGACUCGACUGAUACUACAGAACAAUCUUCCUCAACAGUUUCUUCGCCCAAUAGACAUUCACUAGUGUCAAGUGUCAUUGAUGAAGAAGAAAAUUCAACAAAAGAACAAAUUCCUUCCAAGAAAAACGGUUCCAAGAAAAAAAGACAUUUACCAAGACAUUCUCACCGAAAUCAUAAAAACCGUCAUGCAAGACAUCAUCAUGCAUCUUCAAAUAUAGAUCCAGAUGAUGCCAUGUAUGAGGAUGGUUCGGAUAAUGAUGUAGAUAAUAAUCAAAGCCAUAGAUCAAAUAGAUCUUCUGGUUUCUCCAUAUACGAUGAUGACUAUAAUGAUGAAGAUGAUGACGAGUAUUCUUCUUCUGCUUCCACAAGGCAUUAUAGAGGUACUAAUCUAUCGAGAAGGAUGACUGAAGAUGAAUUGAUAAGAGGUAUACCCAUUUAUACUAGUACUACAAACCCAAAUGAUUAUGUAAUAUUAGGGAAAAGAAAAUAUUUGAAAUCAGAAUUAAGAGAAGCAUUUGGUGGUACUUUGAUGCCAGGGGUAGCACCUCCAACAACUCAUAAGUUUGGUAAUCCAGUUCCAUUAGGUCUUUCCGCAUUCGCAUUAACCACUUUUGUACUUUCAUUCUUUAAUGCAAGAGUUAAACAUGUAGCAACUCCAAAUAUGGUAGUUGGAUUAGCAAUGUUUUAUGGUGGAUUGGUUCAAAUCAUUGCUGGUAUUUGGGAAAUUGCUCUUGAAAAUACCUUUGGUGGAACCGCUUUAUGUUCAUAUGGUGGAUUUUGGAUGAGUUUUGGUGCCAUUUUCAUCCCUUGGUUUGGUAUUCAAGCUGCAUAUGAAGGUCAUCCAAGAGAAUUCGAUAAUGCUUUAGCCAUUUUCUUAUUGGCAUGGUGUAUAUUCACUUUUGGUUUGGCAGUUUGUACAGUGAAAUCAACAGUGAUGUUUUUUCUAUUAUUCUUUUUAUUAGCCAUCACAUUCUUAUUAUUAAGUUUAGGAAGUUUUUGUAAUAGUCCAGGUGUGACAAGAGCAGGUGGUAUUCUUGGUAUAAUUGUAGCAGUAAUCGCUUGGUACAAUGCAUUUGCCGGUUUAGCUACAGAGGAAAAUUCAUAUAUUGUAGCUCAUCCAUUACCUUUACCGGGAAAUGAAAAAUAUUUCCAUUUAAAAAUUAAUAAAAAUGCAAAAAAUAACAAGCCGUUGGAAUUUAUUCAUGAUAAAUCAGUGGAUGAUAUGGAAACUUUAGCUGGACAAUAA